AUGGCACCUACGAGCGCACCAGCUUCUUUCAAGAAGAAAGAUGGCAGUCUGAGUUUAUCCGAAGAUGAGGCGACACUGGUCUGGACCCCAGUUGAUGCGGGUGUCUCAGGACAUAAGAUCGCCGUGUCCGCGAUCACCAAUUUACAGCAAACCCCGAUCUCGAAUCCCAAGGUGAUGCUGAAAGUCUUCGCCACCGCUCCGAAUGCUCCCCCGAAUAGCGAGGCCAUUGCCUAUACCUUUUUAUUUACCGACCAAACGAACGCCCGAGCGCAGGCCGAUGGCUUCAAGGAUGCUCUCAGUGCCCGGGUCAAUGCGGGGAAAGCAGGAACACCUUCGCAGACGUCUACGCCGCUUGCCAAUAGCGGGCCUGGAGUUUCGGCAGCUAUGGCUAUCGCGAAUGCUGUUUCCUCCGCUGGGUCAGCCCCGAACCCAUGGGAUGAUGAUAAUCGAUUGAAGGGCGACGUGGAACUGCAGCAGUCUCUACUGAAGGCUGAUUCUACCUUGCAGCGGAUGUUCAUGGAAUCUCUUCAUACGAAACCGGAUGCUUUAUCCUCAGGCCAGUUCAUGUCACAAUUCUGGUCUACUCGCCUGCACCUUUUACGAGCUCAUGCGAUCGAACGCGCCCAAACUCGUGGAUCGUACAACGUACUUUCAUCACUAAAGCCUCGAGUUGAGGAAAAUGUGACUCGUUUGAACAUCAGCAAGGAACAAAUUCAGCUCAUUUUCUCGCAGCAUCCUCUUGUAAAAAAUGUCUAUGACGAGAAUGUUCCCAAGCUAAGCGAGCAACAAUUUUGGUCGCGGUUCUUUCAGAGUCGAUUAUUUAAAAAGCUGCGCGGAGAGCGCAUCUCAGAAGCAGACGCCACAGACGCCUUGCUGGACAAAUAUCUCCGCGAAGAACCCACCGUUACAGAACGUGAUGGCAAUGUCCCGCACUUUCUGGAUCUCGCGGGUAACGAAGGGCAUAACAGUCAGCGCCGUGGAAAUCGGCCGGACCUGGACAUGCGCCCUUCUGCCGUGGAUAAGGUACCCAUCAUUCGAACUCUGAACAACCUGAGUGAGAAGAUCAUGGCCAAUGUGGCACCCGCAGAUGGUGAUAUAAGUGCUCCUAUCGGGAUGAAUGAGGAAGCUUGGGCAAAAUUGCAGCUGCAGGAUCUCCGCGGAGAUGAGGAGCAAGCUCGCAUUACUCUCAAUAUCCGUGACCAAAACCGUUUCUUCUCGGCUGCGCAGGAUGAUGAUAAAAAUGGAGCCCUCGCGAAACAAGAUCCGGAUCAGGUUCUUCAACUUCUUCGCUCAGAAGUUGCACGCAAUCUUCCGUCCGGUGGUGUUGCGCCUCUUCAAAGGUUAGUCGAUCCCGGCGAUGACGAAGAUGAGGAGAUGGAGGAUGCCCCUGCCAGUCGACGUCCCGUUGGCUCGUCUGCAGCCUUACACGCCGCGUUUGGUCAAAUUCUCGAGGCAGUGCGUGAUCAGCGCAACCAUCUGAGUGAGGCAUCGACAUCUGAGACCUACGGACUCUCCCCUACUCUCUACGAUCGACUAACCUUGACGCACGCGACCUCGACUGAGUUUCUUCACCAGUUCUGGCAGGCCUUCCUUUCCGGUGACCCCGAUCGUGCAGGUGAAGCCCAGUCAUUAUCUGAAUCACUCCUUCGUGCGAAAGAUCGAAUCAAAGCUGUGGCAGAUUCUGCAGAGGCAGAACGCCAGGUUGAAGUUGACCAGGUUAAACACCAUGCGCGCGAUGUUUUCGAACGGACUGGACGCAAGCUGCGACCCAAUCUGGACAGCAUUGAAGGCGGCGCAAAAGUAGUGAAUCAGCUGCUUGGUCCCACGUUGCAUGCCUUAGAGCUGGCAUCCAAGCGGUUCCAAACAGCUUAUGCAGAGGAGAUGAAAGAAGCAUCGGCUUUAGCCGUGUAG